CGUCUGAUGAUAGCUAAUACGCGCAUCAAUCAAUGGCGUUCAUGUGCUAGAGGCUUUUUGCUCGAGCAUUGGUGGUAUCUGUUCACCAUCAUGUCAUCGAGGAAAAUUCAGCGCCUUGGCAUUGCACCACCGGUCAUAGAACGACUUCACAGACAUGGAGUUUUCUCAUGUCAGGACCUUUUGUCCAAGACUCGACUGGAACUCUUAAAGAUGACGGGAGUGACUAACUCACAGCUUACAAACAUCUUGCUGGUUGCCAGUCGGGCUUGUUUACCUAGACAAACAACGGCACUAUCCAUGUAUGAUGCAGCUGGCCGCGAGGAGUGUCCUGCCUUCUUCAAGACCUCUCUAGGACAGCUUGAUCAAGUCUUACACGGUGGGUUACCAGCGGGGACUAUUUCUGAGAUUGCAGGACCUCCAGGAUGUGGCAAGACUCAGUUCUGUAUCAUGCUCAGCGUGUUGGCCACCCUGCCGGCAGCCAUGGGUGGCCUGGACGGGGCAGUGGCCUACAUUGACACAGAGUCGGCAUUUUCAGCAGAGAGACUAGUUGAAGUAGCCCGAUGCCGCUUCCCUGUUCACUUCAGCUGCGAUGAGGCGUAUAUUGCCUUGACCAGCAGGAUUCAUGUUUACCAGGAAUCCACGUGUUGCAGCCUCCUGGCAAGACUGCAGAAUCUUGAGGAGGACCUCAUCACCAAAGGCAUCCGGCUAAUUGUUUUGGAUUCGGUGGCAUCUCUUGUCCGCAAGGAGUUUGACAGCAGCCUCCGGGGCAAUCUCAUAGAAAGAACCAACCUCUUGUCUAAGCAAGCUGCCAUUCUCAAGUACCUGGCGGAGGCAUUCUCCAUUCCGGUGGUUGUGACCAACCAGAUAACCACAAGGCUCAGAGCUCAGCAUUCUGCAUGUCAGGGAUCAACGGAUGAAGCAGGAACCCUGGAUGGAGGGGCAGACAGUGGUGUAGGAGGGUCUUAUGUCAUGGCAGCCCUGGGCAACACAUGGAGUCACAACGUCAACACCAGGCUGAUUCUCCAGUACCUGGAUGAGACUAGACGAGAGCUGUUUCGUCAGUGAGCAGAAGUCAUAGCUGGGAUGUUGGUUCAACGAGAUUUUGAGAUUGGAACAGUCAAAAUGAAAUAUGCAGCACAACUGCAGGAUCACAGGAUAACCAGAACAGGAACAAAAAAAUCUGACUAAAUAACCCACUUGUCUAGUUCUCUCCAGUGUUGUUUCUUUAUGGUCAUCCAGUCGUUUAGUCAGCCUUGACAAGUCUUUCUCUUUGAUUCAGGUUGUGCUAGAUUUACGCUUGUCUUUAGAGGAAAGUUUAUUCAAGGUGUCAUUUUUCCAUGUUUUUCUCCCAAAGGUCAAAGCGUCUGUGGAAUGGUAAAAGUAUUCAGUAGUUUCAAUUCAUUUAAAUCCUUAAAAGAUGGAAAUCAAGUGAAAUUGUUUGUUGAAAUUCCUACCAUACUCCCCGUGUUUCAUGUUAAUUUUGCUGUAGAAUAUUUCAACCUCAUCUUAAAAUUUGGAUUGGUCUCUUGAUAUGUUCCGUGGUAUUAGUUCACCUUUCCAUUGGACCCUUACCUUUUUUCCUUCUUUUUUUUGAAUAUGGGCUCCUACAAAAUUAGCUGAAAGCAGUUAAUAAAUAAAAGACUCAAAGCACUGUGAACAAGUCGGCCAAACUUGAAAUUAUUUAAUGAAAUCAGAACAAAUGGGUUUUAAGAGUGCUUCACAUUUUCAGCCAAAUACCUUCAUUGACGGGAAAGUGUUGAUGGUACCAGAGCAUACUACUUGCAAAGCAUCGAGUCUUUGCAGAUUCAUUAGAACCAUGCAAAAUAUUCAUCGGAACCAUGGAAAAUCACACAAGAAAUUUUGCCAUUCUUGUGUUCUAUUCUGCAGAGUUUAUUGUCAGUACAGCAACUUUACUGCAUUUUACAAAUUGGAAUUCACACCUCUGUUGAGAUACAUAUUUCUGAAAAUAAAACUAGCCAUAUUUGGACAAAUCAUAGGGAUAUUCAAUCCCAGUUGUAUGUGUGUGUGGGAGUACUGUGUGUUGGUUCAGUUUCCAGAGCUGAAUGGCUGUUGUCAUGAUCUAAAAUCAGUAACUACGGAGGAGUCAAUAACCUUAUGGUCAAGCCGCCUGAGUCCCGUCAGCUCUCUCCUCCCUCCCCCUUGCGUCUCUCUCGCUGUAUACAGAUUGAACCAUAUGCUCGCCAAAGGUGUUCGUCAUUACUAUUUUGACAAAUGCAGUGACAUUUAAUCAUGGACAGUUCCAUUUGGAAGCGUAAGUGAUGUUUGUUGUAAAACUUCAGGUAACAACAGAUAAAAGAAAUAUUUACUUUGUAAAUAGUGUACAAACUAUUUGUUAAAACAAUACUACAGUAGAAAGCUGUCAAAAGGCUUUGAAUGUAUCGAUGCUUCUAUUUAUGUUUUUGGAAGAGUUACGGGGAUACACACAUGUUUGUUCUGGCUCUGUUCCAAACUUGAUAGAAGUUUACAUCUCAUCUUAAAUAUGUUCAGUCAACAUCACAUAAUUAUUACAUUAUUCCUCAUUAGAGGGUUUGAACUUCCAUUUUUUUAGAAAGAUAUUGCUGGCAUCAAACCAGACCUUUAAUGACAAGUACAAAUGUUCAGGUUGCAUUCGUUGCAUGAAAAGCAUUUUGUUUCAGACCUUUCUUUCUCCUGGAAUGGUAGAAGUU